GCGCACGCGCACACGGGGCCGUUGCUCUGACUGGCUGCGUCUCUGGUGCUUUUGCUAAAUGGCGUUGCUGGCGGGUAGGUUGAACCAGAGGAGCUGGCGGAGCGAUGUGCAGCGACUUUCGCAGGGCGGAAUCCGGGACGGAGCUCCUUGCCCGACUUGAAGGCAGAAGCUCCUUGAAAGAACUAGAACCCAACCUGUUUGCUGAUGAAGAUUCACCAGUGCAAGGUGAUAUUCUUGAAUUUCAUGGUCCAGAAGGAACGGGGAAAACAGAAAUGCUUUAUCAUUUAACAGCCCGAUGUAUACUUCCAAAAUCAGAGGGUGGACUGCAAAUAGAAGUCUUGUUUAUCGAUACGGAUUACCACUUUGACAUGUUACGGCUUGUGACAGUUCUUGAACACAGACUCUCGCAGAGCUCCGAGGAGAGCGUCAAGCUCUGCCUUGGCAGGUUGUUCCUGGCGUACUGCAGUAGCAGCAUGCAGUUACUGCUCACGCUGCAUUCCCUGGAGGCCCUGCUCUGCAGUCACCCUUCUCUCUGCCUUCUCAUUGUGGACAGCCUGUCGGCUUUUUACUGGAUAGACCGAGUCAGAGGAGGAGAGAGUGUGGCCCUGCAGGAGGCAACGCUGAAGAGGUGCUCUCAGCUCCUAGAGAGGCUUGUCACCGACUACCGCUUGCUGCUGUUUGCGACAACGCAGAGUCUAAUGCAGAAAGGCUCCGACUCAGCAGAAGGGCCUUCUUCCUCCAAGCACCCAUGCGAUGGGGACAUGGAGCACAGAGUCUAUCUCUGCAAGGCCUGGCAGAGGGUCGUGAAGCACAGAGUCAUCUUCUCCAGGGAGGACGAGGCCAAGAGCAGCCGCUUCUCAUUAGUUUCACGUCAUGUAAAAAGUAACAGUUUAAAAAAACACAUUUUUAUGAUCAGAGAAAGUGGGGUGGAGUUUUGUUGAUCUCUAUCAUCAAAAAGGCUUUUAGUUAUACUAAGGCAAGUCUUUAAAAGUCUUUUAUAGACUAAAGUGGUUUGAUUCUAAAGUUUUUAAUUCUGGGGAAAUUAAUAUGAAGAGUACAGAAAACCUCGAAGCUGUUCUGUCCCCUCCAGGGUGUGGAAGGUCAGUCGGAACAUACUGAACUCCACUGAGCUCAGUUUGAAGCUCAAUACAUGAUUACCCAUUUCAGACUAAGUCACCUUCUGAGUGCUUUAGGAAGGGUCACCGCUGCAGCUGAAGAGAUUGUGCAGAGCUUCGUCCAGUGAAAGGACAAAGCCCAGGGCCAGCCACCUGCUCAUCUGCCUCCCUCAGGAAACUGGAAUGAGCUGGGUGUGGAGGCAGGUGGGUCUCUGAGUUCAAAGCUUGCCUGGUCUGUAUAGUGAAUUCCAGAAUAGCCAGAGCUACAUAAUGAGAUCCUGUUUCAGAAAAGCCAACCAAUAGACAGACAGACAGACAGACAGAUAGAUGGAUGAAAGUAGAAUGUUUGAGUCUUCCUCCUCCCUCUCUCCAUUUUCCUCUUUUACUUGCUCCCCUUCCUCCAAGGAUGUCAUUUAGCUCAGGCUAGACUUCACUUUCUGCCUCUGCGGUAGCCAAGUUAACAGUGUUGCUCCGUGUGGCCAGCAAAUUUUGAUAAGUUACACUUAAAUUCAAGAUGUUUCCAUUAUUUGGGGGUUCUGUGUAAUUUUUCAAACACAAGGAAAUGAUGUACUCAUUUUCAGAUUCUGGAGUUUAUUUUAGAAUGUUCAUCUCAUUAAUUGAUAGAUUCUGAAACUGUUAAGGAUUAUAUAUUACUAGUGUUUUCUUCCUUAUUUAGAAUAGCCAGAGGUGCCGUGGGCCAGGCUGUUAUUUCAGCUGUGAGUGGAGGGAAACUCUGGGUGCUGUGAGUCCAUGAGACACAAGAAGAGUCUGCACUGCUCAGAAGGUGUCCUAGUUAAGAUUGCUGUUGCCGUGACGAAACACUCCGACCCAAAGGAUGCUGGAGAGGAAAGGGUUUUGUUUAUACUUCUGUAUUGUAUGUAGUCCAUAUGUGAAGGAAGUCAGGACAGGAGCUUUGAGGCCGGAGCCAAAGCAAAGCCCAUGGAGGGUGCUGCUUCCUGGUUUGCUCAGUGUGCUUUGUUAUAGAGCCCAGGACCUCAGCAGCCCUGGGGCAGCCCCUCCCACUGUGGGCUGACUCCUCCCCAACUCCUCAUGAUGCUCUGCAGGCGUGCCAACAGCCUGAUCUUAUGGAGACAUUUCUCAACUGAAGCUCCCUCCUCUCUGGUGACUCUAGUUUGUGUCAAGUUAACAUAAAACUAGCCACACAGAGUACAUGUAGAAAAGUGGCUUUAAAAAUCCCUUUGUGUUCUGACCAGGGAAAGACCCACAUGUGAUGUUCAGACUAACUGCUCCUCUCUAACCUGUUAACGCCUGUGUCACAAAAUACCUUGUUUCCCUUUAUUCAUUUGUAUUACCAGAGGCUUAUGAGUUACCAAGCAUCCUGUAGAGGAGCUGAGACUAAAUGUCUUCAUGAGGGAGGCACAGCCAUGUAACUUGCUGUCUGUGCCCCUGGGCCUGCUGGCACUCGCCCUGGCCUUCUGAGGCUGGCUUCUCUAUCGGGAGCCUGCUGGGCUCAGAAGGUAGGAGCUGGCCUCCUGACUUCCUCGGCCACUGCGAGGUGGGCAGCAGGGACUUCAGUAGUGCUUCCCUCGCAGUAACCUGUCCCUCAGCCAACUCUCCUCAAAGACUAGGCUUGUGUUCAUCAGUGAGAAGGCUUGUUUCUUUAAACCCAGGGUCUCACUGUGUAGCUCUGGCUGCCCUCCCAGUUACAGGUAUUAAAGAUGCCUGGCUCAUUGAUAUGAUUCAAAAAUAGUUUGAAACUAAAAUGCAAUUCCACAAUUUCUGUCUUCCCUUUCCUACCCACAAUUCCUCCCAUGUGCACCACCCACCUUGCUGUCGCAGAGUCACUCAUGUUUCUGCCUUGUUUUUCUAAUUGUAUAUAAAUAUACAGAUAAUUUAAUCGUAUAUAAAUACACAUAUAUUCCUAAAUACACAGCCUUCUCAGUCCUUAUAAUGUUACUUGUAUGUUCUUAGGGCUGACUCCUGUGGAUAACCACUUUGCCGGGGAAGAUCUCCCCUGCUGUCGGCUUUCCCUGGUAGCCUGUUGAUUUCUGUCAGGGCCGGCCGGGCCUGUGAGAGCCCUUCUGUGCGGGCCUGUCUGCCAGUGCGGUCGAUGCUCAGGUCCUCUUUAGGCAGCCAUGUUGUUGAGCUUUCUUCUGACAUUUCUAGGAGAGUCUCACAGCAGACAUCCCAUCCUCUGCUCUUACAGUCCUUCCGCCCCUUCUGAGAUGCUCCCUGAGCCUUGGUGCAGGGUGUGCUGUCGAUGGAGGACAGGCAGGGCAUCACAUGCCUGCUUGUUCACUUUAUCCUGAUCCCUGUGGUUCUCUGUAAUGGUUUCUGUUGCAAAGAGAUGUUUCUUUGUUGAGGGAUGAGAGCUGUACUUAUCUUUGUAUAUUUACAAUGCACAGAGGAAUUAUGCUGCUUUAAUAAAGUGGUUUAUUAAUACAAUUUUAAA